AUGACGCCGACACCUCCAUCUACCACUUCAUCCAGCGCGGGCGCUCAUUCGCCUGAAUUCAGGAUUAUUCGCAAGCGAAACCGAGUGCCUCUAUCAUGUGCACCCUGCCGCCAUCGAAAAUUGAAAUGUAACCGUGCCCAUCCUUGCGAAAAUUGCGUCAAACGAGGUGAUGCAGCCUCCUGUAACUACGCCCAGGCCAGCACCCGCAAGAAGAACUCCCCACAGCAGGCCUCCCCGACCUCGCCUGAUGAUAUGCAAAACCGGAUUGACCGCUUGGAGGGGUUGGUCUUGUCAUUGAUGACCAAUGGUAACCAGUCAGCUGGCCCGGCAGCUGCCUUGGCUGCGAUCUCAGGGGAGAGCAGUGCUGGGUCAACGGGGCUGUCAAACGAGAUCGAUGUCGAUGAUAUUGAAGAUGAUGCCGAGGGCAACCUGGAAGAGAGCGACACGGAACAGGUGACGAAAUCAUUCGGUGUGAUGAAAAUGGACAGUGGCAAGUCCUACUAUAUCAGUGAAGCCCACUGGGCUUCGGUGCUGAACGAUAUCGCCGAAGUGCGGAAUUUCUUCACAACGCAUAAGAAGCAGUUCGAGGACCAGGCAGAGAAGUUGAAGGCCACACGGCCAGAAACGGACAACCCUGGGGGGUCUACGCUGCUCUUCGGUGCGAUGAAGCCAUUAAGUCGACCCGAGAUUAUGGCCACUUUGCCGUCUAAAUAUACGACGGACCUCCUCGUUGCUCGCUAUUUCAACAGCUAUGACCCUGCAACGCAUAUUCUUCACGGCCCGACAUUCCAAGCACAGUAUAACAAGCACUGGGAGGAUCCCUCACAAACGGAACUAGUCUGGAUUGCAAUGCUCUUUGCUAUGAUGAGACUAGCAAUGCUCUCAUACUACCGAGAAGGCGAUGAGCCUCCAGAGUUCCGGGGCAAGGCGAUGGACAUGGCAGGGUCCUUCAGGAACUCGGUAGCGCAAUGUCUGACACUGGCUGACUACACAAAACCACAUCGCUUCCUAAUCGAGGCCCUCGUGUUCCAUCUUCAUGGUGACUUCUCGCAGACCCGGGAUGCAGACAUCUCAGUCUGGGUUCUAUCGGGUGUAAUUGCCCGUCUGGCGAUGCGCAUGGGAUACCAUCGCGAUUCAAAAAUGUUCCCCAACAUCACACCUUUCCAGGGUGAGAUGCGGCGUCGAGUAUGGUCCUUUGUGCGACAGGCAGAUCUCCUAUUCUCAUUCCAGGUCGGCAUGCCGAGCAUGCUCCGCACCACGGAUACCGAUACGGAGUUGCCACGAAACUUGUAUGACGAUGACUUUGACGAAGACUGCAAAGAACUACCUCCAGCUCGCCAGCUAACCGAGCCGACACCAAUCUCUUACUUGAUCACCAAGUCCCGUCUCUCGUACGCUUUUGGCCGGGUCAAUGAGCACUAUUCGGCUGUCUCAUCCUCUUCGUAUGACAAAGUCAUGGAAAUUGACGCUGAUCUGCGGCGAGGGCGAGAUUUGAUUCCUGAUCACUUGCACAUUCGCCCUGUGGAGGAGUGCCAGCUUGACCCCAUCAACUUGAUCAUGUCGCGCUUCUCAGUAAUGACUGUCUACCACAAAGCACAAUGCGUACUGCACCGACCUUAUCUGAUUCGCGCCCGCGAGAACCCCCGCUUCACAUACUCUCGCCGCACCUGUAUCGACUCGGCCCUCGAGAUUCUCGAGUUCCAGGCGAUCCUGCACGCAGAAACGCGCAAUGGACGCCUCCGCGGCCGCUCCAACCUCGUCACCUCUCUCAGCUCCGCCGAUUACCUCCUCGCCGCCACAAUCGUUUGCCUGGACCUCUAUCAGAGCUACCAGCUUCAAGCCUCUAACCGUCCCUCUGGUGACACCUACACAUGGGGCCGUGAACGACGCGACGAGAUGGUGGCGGUGGUCCAGCGCUCGAAAGAGAUUUGGGAUCAGCUGCGCGACGAGAGCAUGGAGGCGUUCAAGGCGAGCUCCGUGCUCGGAGUUAUGCUGACGAAGCUUCACGGCGCUGUCCCCGGGCUUGAGAACGCCCCGGGCGCUGGUGGUGCUAUGUUCGAGCCGCAGGACGAGAAGCAAAACGCGGCGAUGACGCUAGGCUUGCUCAGUAGCGGCAUGAGCCCGAUGAACCCGGGCCCGGCUCCAUUCACGGAUCCAUUGUUCAAGAUGAGUGACUCGCCAAUGCCGAGUGGCAUGUCGGCACCUGCGGCUGAAAUGCCGGGGCCAUUGUCGCCAUUUAGCAGCAUGUUCGGGACGAUGCCGGACAUGCAGGUCAAUCUCGACUGGGAUGCAUGGGAUACCUAUAUCCAAAACCCAACCUUCGAUACCACAAACCAAUUCUGGCCCAUGAUGGACCCCCAGCGCCAACCGACGCCACAAGGGGUUGGAAUGGCGCAACCUCCAGUGACGAGCCCAUUGGGGACGACCAGAACAUCGUCAAUGUCGAACGGUGCUUCUUCGCAACGUCUUCCUAAUAUCUUCUCACCACCAGGCCCUUCGCCUGACAGCAAUACAUCCUCCGUACCUGGCUUUACUCCGAUGUCAUCGCAGUCAGGUAACAGCGGUCGUAGCCAGGGUUCGAUCGGCGGAGAACUCUGCGCUACUAGCGUAUAUUCUGUCAAGAUACCAUCGCUAACUCAACUCUUCCCUCAAGGCAUUGUCUCCGACGAGCCUCAUCUCGACUCCUGGGUUCGGCAGUGUCCUCCCAAUAUCGAUCGGCAGCGCGCCCUUCAAAUCCGAUGGAACUCAAACCAAAACGACUCAUCACCGUCACCGGCCGAGAAGGAACAGAAAACCCAAGAUAUAGAAGCACAAAAUAAAGAGACAGCGGUAGCAAAAAGCUCUGAGCCUUCACCCUCGAAUGUUGGAGAUCAGCAAAAACCGCAGGAGAAGGCAACGGAAGCCCUCAAGAUCAAAAUACCUCCGAAUGAAACCAUCUACAUCGGCAAUCUGUUCUACGAUGUUACCGCCGAAGAUUUGCGGAAGCGUAUGGAGACGUACGGCACGGUGCUGAACACGAUGAUCGCCCACGAUAACCGGGGUCUCAGCAAAGGAUUCGGCUACGUCCAGUUCGAUACCCUGGAAGAGGCAAAAGCCGCAAUCGACGGCAUGCACUCUACCGUCUUCGAAGGCCGCCAAGUAGUCGUGCACUACGCCCGCACCAACUUCAACUACAGACGCGUUUCCUACCCACCCACCGAAACACUCUUCAUCGGCAACCUACCCCUCGAAAUGACCGAUCGCGAUCUCCAGGAUCUCUUCCGCGAGACCAAGAACUUGAUCGACGUUCGUAUUCCGGUCGACCGGCGCUCUGGCAUGCCGCGUGGCUUUGCGCAUGCGGAGUUUAUUAGCACGGACGCGGCGAUGCAGGCGAUGGAGAUACUGGCGAGACAGAGUCCGUAUGGGCGGAAAUUGAACGUCAAUUUCGCGGAGAGGAAGAGGGUUGGUAUGAUGAAGCCUAAGCCUGAGCCUGUGGAUAAGGAGCAGGCGAGGGCGGAGGCGGACGCUAGGAGGAGGGAGAGGGCUAGGAGGGAAGAGGAGGAGGCUGAAAAAGCAUUGUUGAAGGAGAUUGCUUCGGGCAAGGACGUGGACUAG